AUGGGGCUCCCUGACUUAUGGGGUCCCCACUGGACAGGGGUUCUGCUCUCAGCCUCGCUCUUGACUGUGUGGAGUCCGCCGGCCGUAGCCCAGCACAACCUCGACGUGCUUAACACCACCCAAAAAUCCCUGUCCAAACCCAUCAUUUCAAUCAGCCAAGUCAGUGCCAUAGAGCACAAAGCAAAAAUAAACAUCUACUGUGACACCAACGACGUCGACAUCAACAUCCACUGGCUCUUCAACAAUGUCCCCCUUGAGCUCCAGGAGCGGAUGCAUCUGUCCAUGGCUGACAAGAUGCUCACCAUCCUCACAGUCUACCGAGAGGACUCUGGGACUUACCAGUGUGAAGUCUGGAGCCCCCUUCAGAUUCAGCGCAGCGAUACCGUAAUGUUGACCGUGAACUACGGUCCUGACCCUGUUGAAAUCAAGUUGGAUUCUGGCGUACUCAACGGGGAGUGGGUGGAGGUGAUGGAAGGCUCUGAUGUAAACUUCCAGGUGGAAACACAGUCUGACCCACCCCCUGAGUAUUCCUGGUUGUUUCCCAACAACUCCGUCCUGUCUUCCACCAAAAAUACACUGACCAUCCGUGCUGUGUCCAGGGAACACGAGGGCACAUACAAGUGCUUGGUGUCCAACUUCGCCACCCAUCUGUCCCGCCUGGGUGUUGUUAACCUUUGGGUCCUUGAAAAGCUGACCAAGCCUCACAUCAGACCUCCAAGCCUGGAUCCGGUGGAGAAUGACAGCCUCGUGAAUCUGACCUGUCAGAGCAUCCACAAGAGAGUUAGUAUCUUGUGGUUUCUGAGCGGGCAACCCCUCCUCCCCAGUGAGCAUCUGAUGCUGUCUCAGGACAACAGGACACUGCUCAUCCACAGCAUCAGGCGGAACGACACAGGGCCCUAUGAAUGUGAGGUGCGGCAUUGGGGCAGCCGGGCACGGAGCGACCCCCUCAAGCUGCCCAUCAGCUAUGGUCCUGACCAAGUGAACAUCAUCUGGAGUGGACAUCACCAGGAGGUCAUCGAGGCGUCACUUAACUCCAAGGUGACACUGUGGUGUCAGGCCGAGUCCAUGCCGGGCGCCCAGUAUCGCUGGACCUAUCAGCAUUUCACCUGGGAGUCUGUUGGGGGGAACCUGACCAUCGAGACUCUCACUUGGGAAGAGCAGGGACUCUACACCUGCACGCCCUUCAACCCAGUGACCCAACUGACCCGCUCGGCCUCAGUUCUGGUCAAGGUGAAAGAUCCCCAGAGCUCCCUGUCUGCAGGGGUCAUCGCGGGCAUUGUUAUUGGGAUCCUAACCGUACUUGCACUGGCUGCAGGGCUGGGCUGUUUCCUCUUCAAGAGAAGCUCCAAGUCCUCAUCCUACCUGGAGGAGAGCAUGGAAGAGCCCCUGAAGGCCUGUGUGCAGAUCACAGCUUGA